CGAAUAAAAAACCAGCUUGCACCCGUAUGUGCCACCCAUCUGUUCCAUCACCGAGCAGUUCCAUAUUUCUUUUUGUCCCUUUCCACCAUGGAUUCCCUCCUCUCCUCAGAUAGCCCCUUCGAGGACUCUCGCUCACUCACGACUAGAUCCCGAGCAAGCAGCGGAGUGUCCUCGACCCAGAGCCUCUUUAACGACUUGCAGCUAGUGGCCUCUUCCCCUGGUUCCUCGCUUGAGCCUAGCCUGUCGACGCUGUCGCGAAGACUAGCAGCCCGCUCACCAUACGACAAUCCCGUGGCUGCCCACCAGGGUCUCGUGCGAAACCCGGUGUCCCAGUCGACCACUUCGACCUUUCCGCACCUGCCUGAGGUCCUCUUGAGCGCUGGCUGGUUCAACGUCGACACGUCGGCGCCACCAACUCAAGACCCGCCGCUGCUGAGGGUGGAUUCUGUAGAGGACUGCUCUCAACCACCCCGGACAGCCUCCUCAUCAAUACCGACCCCGCAAUCCGCCAACAUGAGCGCCGUCGCCACAUUAAACUUUGACCCCGUGUUCAGCAUGGGAAACAGGUCGUCUUACGGCUGGCCUGUUCUUGACUCUGGAAACAACAACGGUCUUCUAGGUCACGACCUCAGCUCCUAUGGAUCCGAGGCCAGUCUCACCCCUCCCAGUGGAACUAGCUCAGUGACUGCCAGCCCUCCGCGGAACAUGUCGGCAGAGCAGCGCGAGCUUAGGCGACAGAGGGACCAGGCCCGCCGCGACACCAAGAAGGCGGUCCGCAUCCGAAGGGCAACUGGCAGCAGCUAUGGAGGCUCGCCGCCCGUCAGCAUGGUCGAUAUGGCCUCGCCCACGAACCUUCCCGUCUACACCACCGGCCCGACCCAGAUCUCUCUCCUGACCGAGCCGACAACCCUGGCUUCCACCUCGUCUUACAGCAUGCCGACGUACGCGACCUCGCUGCCCACGGACCCGCAGACCCAGCCCCUGUUCUCCGCGCCCUACCAGCCGCACACCUCCUACCUGGGAGAAUACCAGCCCGCGUACACGACGACACCGCCUAGUCUGCCAUCACAAUACGGCCGCACCGCCAUGUCCCACGACCAGCAAAGCAUGAUGUACUCGACCAUGCCCGUCAUGGGUGGCGGCCCAGGGGCCAUGGUGCCGCCAGCGCCUUCUUCAGCCUCGUCACCGCCCCACAGCCACCACGAGGCGGGCGGCAACGUGAGGGUUGUUGGCGGCCGGCCCAAGCCGCAAUGCUGGGAGCACGGAUGCAACGGACGCCAGUUCUCCACCUUCAGCAACCUUUUGAGGCACCAGCGCGAGAAGUCGGGCCAGGCGGCCAAGGCAGUCUGCCCCAACUGCGGUGCAGAGUUCACCAGGACUACGGCGAGGAACGGACAUCUGCAACACGACAAGUGCAAGCAGCGCCGCAGCACAUGA